UCCAUUCAUCUCCAGUUCUUGCCUGCGAGGGGGAUCAGAAAAAGUUGGACGAGCUAGGCUAGACUCGAGCUCCGCUAGCGGCGGGCAGGCCGGCAGCAAGAGAAAGAGGCAGUCGUCGGUCGGGAAGAUCAUCUGAUCCGAUGGGGAACUGCGCGGCGUCGCGGCACGCCGGGGAGUCGUGGACGGACGACGGCGAGUGGGAUGAGGAGGCGUCGUCGUCCACGUCGGAGGACGGCGACCACCACCACGCGUCGGAGGUGACGAUCAGGAUCACCAAGAGGCAGCUGCAAGAGCUGAUGGAGAGGAAGACGCCCGGCGGCCGGGGUAGCACCCGGCAGCUGCUGGCGGACAUCAUGGAGUCCGGGGAGGUGCACCACCAUGACCUGCACCGGGAGGAGCACUGGAAGCCCGCGCUGCAGAGCAUUCCGGAGGCCGCCGAGUCGUGACGAGACUUGGUGGCGGCUACGCACGCACGUACGUACGUACGUACUUACGUAUACGCUGCCGAGCUCUCUGCGAAACAAAUGAAAAGUUGCUUUCCUGGCCUCUUUCUGUUUUUUCGUUCCCACGGUGUGUGUGUUUCCAUGCCCUUGAAUUAAUGGUUGUCCAUGACCAUGCAUGUACAAAGAUUGGAUAUGGAAUAGUUCGUUCAAAUUGUGACU